UGAGAAUUAUCAUCCCUUUGAACCCUCAAAACGCACUGUUAGUGCACACAGCACCUAGUCUACUUGCAGUUUCUUUGCAGAAUGAAGCUUGGGUUCCCUGAGAGUGAAAAAUGGAAAAGCAAUCAAAGUGUUUUUAGUGAAAGCUCUGAUUGUCUUUUGAAGUCAAAUGUAAAAGAAAAUGACCUACCUGUUACCAACAAACCUGUAAAAUCUGGAAUUCUCCCUGUUUGGAUUUUGUGGACACUGUUUCUUCUCUUGGGAAUUUUUUUCAUCAUUUUAUGGAUAACUGUAGCAAAUGAUUGGGGUUAUUGCCAAUUGGAGCAAGGAAGGCCAGAAGUAGCAGUUAGUCAAUCAAAAACAACAGCUUUUUUAAAUAAAGUGACUGAUGAAUCAAGCUCUAGCUGCCCUUAUGAUGUUGAGGAUGAAUUGAAAUUUGAUUGUUUCCCUCAAGGAUAUGCUGAUGAAGAACUCUGCUUGAAAAGAGGUUGUUGCUGGUCAUUCACGGAGAAGCAAUCAGUGCCCUUCUGUUACUAUCCGGCUAACUACGCACUGUAUUCUUUUGUAAACGUCACACAUUUGAACAACAGUGGCGUAAAUGGAGUGGUGGGCUACCUCGAGCAAAUUGGUUAUUCUGGUUACCCAGAAGAUAUACCUUUAUUAAAGCUGAUAGCGACUUUUGAGACACGUAGUCGACUACGAGUUAAGAUCGUGGACGCAGAAAAUAGACGAUAUGAAGUCAACGUACUAAGCAGCCCACGAACGGAUGACAUGUUACUGCCUGUAAAUGACUACGAUUACAAAUUCUCCAUCAACACGGAUAUAACAGGAUUUAGUAUUUCUAGAAAAUCAAAUCAAGAGGUUAUCUUUACAACAGUUGGCGUUGGAGGGUUUAUUUACGCCAACCAAUUUUUGCAAAUAUCCAGUUUCUUACCGUCGGGUAACAUCUACGGAUUGGGAGAACAUCAGGAUUCUCUCCGACACAGCACUAACUGGCAGCGCUUUGCCUUGUUCAAUCACGACACAGUUCCGGAUAAGGGGAGAAAUCUUUACGGUUCUCAUCCUUUUUACCUUAUAAUGGAAAAUGACGGACUCAGUCAUGGAGUCUUCCUAAAAAACAGUGACCCCAUGGAAGUGAUAUUACAACCAACACCGGCCAUUACUUUCCGCGCACUUGGGGGAAUACUUGAUUUCUACUUCUUUCUUGGACCAACACCGAGAGAGGUUGUUCAGCAAUAUACUGAAGUAAUAGGGCGCCCAGCAAUGCCGCCUUAUUGGGGAUUGGGAUUUCACCUCUGCCGAUACAACUAUGGCUCGCUGAAUAGAACACGAGAAAUUUGGGAACGUACUCGAGCAGCUGGCAUUCCUUUCGAUGUACAAUGGAACGAUCUGGAUUACAUGGACACAGCGAAAGAUUUUACGUAUGAUCGGAAUAAAUUCUCUGGAUUGCCAGAUUUUGUUCAAGAAGUGCAUGCAGUUGGAAUGCAUUAUGUUCCGCUAAUAGAUCCUGGUAUUAGCAACGCAGAACUUGUGUCAGAAUAUCCACCCUAUGAUCAAGGCAUUGAAAUGGAUGUUUUCGUCAAGAACUCAGCAGAGCCAGGUGCGCCACCGUUUGUAGGGAAAGUAUGGAACACUGUUUCCACCGUUUGGCCCGAUUUCACUCACCCAAAUGCAACUGAAUACUGGACUAAUCAGUUAAAAGCAUUUCACGACGAGGUUUCCUUUGACGGUGCAUGGAUUGAUAUGAAUGAGCCUUCUAAUUUUUAUUCUGGUACUAUUGAUGGUUGCCCAGCUACCCAAUGGGAUAAUCCACCCUAUACUCCGGCUGUCGUUGGAAACAAACUAUGCUUUCUUACUCUGUGCAUGUCAGCUGGACAGUUCGGUGGACUUCACUACGACGUCCAUAAUUUAUAUGGCCUCACAGAAACAAUGGUCACGAACUUUGCUUUGAAACAAAUAAGAGGAAAGCGUCCUUUCAUCAUAUCAAGAUCGACUUUUCCAGGCCAAGGUCAUUACGGAGGACAUUGGAGUGGUGAUGUUGUAUCGGAUUGGCCUAAUUUGCGACGGAGCAUCACUAGCAUUUUGAACUAUAACAUGUUUGGUAUCCCGCUGGUGGGUGCGGACAUCUGUGGAUUUAAUGGCAAUACUACAGUUGCGCUUUGCCAACGCUGGAUGGAAUUGGGCGCUUUCUACCCUUUCUCCCGGAAUCACAACACCGACGACGGUAUUGACCAAGAUCCUGUUGCCUUAGGUCCAGCCGUCGUAGAAGCAUCAAGGAAGGCCCUGAUGGUCCGAUACAUGUUAUUACCUUACUUAUACACACUCUUCUGGCAUGCCCAUGCUCAUGGUGAUACCGUAGCCCGCCCCCUGUUUUUCGAAUUUCCACUCGACCGACAAACGUACGCCAUUGAUACACAAUUUCUCUGGGGUGGAGCCCUUAUGAUCGCCCCUGUGUUAACCGAGUCUACCGAGGUUGUCGAAGCUUAUCUACCUCGUAGUCUUUGGUAUGAUUUCUAUAGUUUCGAAUUAAUUUCCUUCGGUGGGAAAUGGACCGUCCUUCCCGCUCCCCUCGAUACUAUACCGAUUUUACUUAGAGGUGGGUACAUCCUACCCACUCAGGCGCCAGAUGUUACCACGGCGUUGACUCGUGUUAAGCCUUUUGAUUUACUGGUGACACUAAACGAAACGAAACAAGCAAUUGGCGAUCUUUAUUGUGACGAUGGUGAAAUGAUCGACGCGUAUUUUUCGUCCCGUUUUAAUCUCAUACAGUUCGUGGCUUCUUCUAGCAUGAUUAAAUCAGCUAUAAACUAUUGGAAUGACGAAACCUCUUCCUCCUCCGUGCGGGAUGUUAUUGUUCUUGGAUUGAGUAGCCCUGUUAGUGUAGUAACUGUGGAUGGACUUCCACAUCCCAAUUUUAUAUUUAACAGAAUCAAUCGAGUGUUGUCAAUCAAAGAUCUUCAACUGCCUCUUAAGAAUCCAUUUGUGAUUAGUUAUCAAUAAGGAAUGUAUUCGUUCUCUUUGCUCACAUGUGAUAACGAAACGAAUGCCAAUCUGUGGUU